AUCGCUAGAAACCGCAACCACCCGCAUCCGCAAACGCCCGCAGCCGCAACCGCAACCGCUGCAUUUGAACCAGUCAGGCCUUUACUAACGAGGGAAUCCCAGCUUUAUUUAUGUAAACUGUUUGUAUAUUUGUAGAUUAAUUCAAGUGAUAAUCGUAAAGCUCCACCAAUAAAGUUAACAAAUAAACCAAGUCUUUUUUUUUUGUGCAAACAAAUAAACCAAGUCUAAUAUGUAAGUGUAAUGGGAGGGAACAAAGGGGGUGGCGUUCUUUCGUAUUGGUUUAGUAGUAGCGAGUAAAUCUACUUUUCAGUCACAAACUCUAUAAACAUGAUGCACUUGACUAAAGCAUUUUUUUUUGGUGAAUACAAUUUAACAAUCAUUUUAAAAAAAGAGCUUAUUUGCUAAAUAACUAAAAAAUAAGGGAAAUUAGAUUUUUAGAUAGAGAGUAGAGAGAGAUAGGAAGAGAAAGUAGGAGAGAGGGAGUGUUUUUAGUUAGUUAAUGAAUUUUGGUUUUUGUUGUGUAUAGUGAAUGCAAUUUCCCUAUAAAAAAAACUCCACAAAUGUUUUUUUUUGUUUAUAUAAUGAUGUGUCAAGAAAAGAAUUACGAUAGCCUCGUCCAAAACCCUAUCAUUAUUAUUGUUUGCCAUCAGUUGAUAUUAUACAUAUUUGGGGUUGGUCUGCGUUUCGCGUUAAAAAAUUAUAUUUUGAGUACUUUUAUCUAACAUUUGAUUUAGUUUGAAGAGUUUUAUUCUACUUUGGUAUUACAAGAAGCCUUUUGUACUAUAACUAAGAGCAUCCACAUCAAUGAACCCCCUCUUGGGGUUCAUCUUUUUAGUUUUUUAUUAUUAAAAUUUGUUUCUUUUCCUUUUUGAUUUUUUUAAAAAAAAAAAAAAAAAAAAAAAAAGUUAGACCAAUCGCGGGCCGCCACGACACGUGGGGCCCGCGCUACAGUGAUGAACUUUAAGAGAGAGGGGUUCAACCAAGAGAACUUUAGGAGAGAGAGGGUUCAUGAGAUUGAAUUAUUUUAUUAUUUUUUUUCUUGGUUUUUGUGUGAACUCCCCCCAUGAACCCUCAAUGGGGGUGCUCUAACCAUCCUAAUCCGUGAACCCAUCUAUUUCUAUCUCACCCUUGUUAACAUAUGAUAUCCAAUUCUGUAUAGUAUAGCAUUAUUCUCAAUUUCUUGAUAAAUCCCUUGUAACUGAAUGACUGUAAGCACCAUGAAUGACAAUUGUCAUUGGUAUGGUGGUUGAUUCUUUAGGAAACAGCACCAUGAAGAAAUUCGCCAUUAAUUUCUAUAAGUGUGCUGAAAAUAAGCAUAAUAAGCUUUUGUUGCAUACGUGUCUGCCCAAGAAUCGGCUAUAAAUGCAUAAGAAUUCAAGACUUUCGAAAAUGUAGGUUUUAGAAAUUACAAACCAGCUAAAUUUUGACUUUUUAGAAAAAAGACAAAACUUUGAUACCACCAGUUUCUCCGUAAAUGACAUAUUAAUACUCUUAUAUUACAAAGAGACAAUUAUGCUUUAUCUGGUUCAUACUUCUUUUUUCUCCUACUCUACCAAACAACUUUAAACAAAACCUUCACCGACCAGCUGCUUCAAUGGAAACAAACAAAUGUCGGUCGAAUAAAGAAUGUGUAAAUUAAUCAUACACACUUAAUAAUUCUUUUCACGUUAUUUUGAAUUUAAACCAGCACUAACUAAAAAAGUCUUACUGUGCUUUCUAUCUCUGACUUUGUUGGAAGUUUCAUACUAUAUAUGUUAUUGCAUAAUUAUACAUAAAGCCAAUUGUAUUAGCUCCAUCUUUUCAGGUAGCAUUGUCUCUGAUGGACAUUUCAUGCAACUCUGAAUAUAAUCAACUUGAAUAUCAAAUGAUGACGAACUUUCCUACACCCGAAGAGCUCAAUGAUAUUCUCUCUUUACCAUCUCUACAAACCAUGGAGCCCCAACUCUACAGCCAUCAGUCUCCAGUAGUAACCACGUUGAACGCAGAAGCUGCGAAACAACUCAAACAUAGAAGCUACCUGAAUACUACUACGAACCAAUGCUCAAGCGGGUUUGGUGAAUAUGGGGGUAUGGGAAACUUGCAGGCCAAGAAAGAGCCUACUCUAUUGGCUCAGAGGAACGUGUCACGUGGGGUUUCACAAGCAAGAGACCAUAUAAUGGCUGAACGAAGACGCCGAGAGAAGCUGAGUCAACGCUUCAUAGCUUUAUCUACCAUCGUCCCUGGACUCAAGAAGACGGACAAGGCAUCAGUGCUUGGGGGCACAAUAAAGUACCUGAAACAUUUGCAAGAUAGAGUUAGGUUUCUUGAGGAGCAAGCCAGUCAGAGAACCAUUGAGUCAGUAGUGUAUUUGAACAAGUCGAGGCUCUCGGUUGCGGAUACAGAGCUAGAACGUAUUGCGUUACCCGAGAUCGAAGCUAGAUCGUCUGGUAAAAAUGUUCUGAUAAGAGUUCACUGUGAAAGAAGGAAGGGGGUUGUUGAGAUCACUAUGGCUGAAAUUGAAAAGCUUAAACUGACCGUGAUAAACAGCAGUGUCAUCACUUUUGGAUCCAGUUCCCUUCAUCUCACCAUUAUUUCUCAGAUGGGCGAAGGAUUCAAUAUCACAACAAAGGAUGUUGCCACGAGCAUCAAAUCAAGCCUCGAAGCUUUUAUGAAUGCCAAUCUCGUCUGAGGAAAUAAUAUAAUUACAAGAAAAUUAUAUAAAAGCAUAUACAACUAAAAUCUUACAAAUUGGAAGCUCCGGUAUAUUUUCACCACCAUAAGACCUUUUUCUCCCAAACUCUUUUAUCUUCUCGCAGUUCGAUUUUUUGGAGGGGUUUCUUCUUUUUUUUCCUUUCCCUGUUAAGACUUCAAAACACAAAUGAGAAGAAGAAUGCCUAUUUUUGCAUGGGGUCUAAUAGAAAAAGACACCAUGUGUUUCCAAACUAUGAGUUUUCUUUCUUUUUCUUAAUCUGGUUUUGAAGUAUUUUACCUUAGUGUUGGGAAUGGUAUUUAUUAUCUUGUGGCGUUGUGUUGUUUUGUUUGUGGAGUGGAUUUCAAUGGAACUUCGUAACUCUAUUUAAGUUGGUAAUGGUGUGCUGCCUACUUUUCUUCAUUCUUUUUUUUUUUUUGAACCAUCUUUUCUUCAUUCUUUUUCUAGAGUUUUUAAUAUAUUAUAUUUCUGAUGUUGUUAUAAUAUUGUUUUCUUAAGAACCGAUGUUAUUGUGGACAAUGAUAUUAUUUUUCUUACCGAUUUGUUUUGAGAUAACAUAUCUUUCUAUCCACCCUCGAAUCAUAACUAAUAACAAUGUUGCAAAUUUGAAUAGUCUAAGUAAUCGCUCUCACCUCUCUUUAUUCCUGUUGGUCUUUACAUGUAACACUAUUUUAAGCCGUUCUUAUCACAAGAAGUGAACUGGAGAAAAGAAAUAAUAGAGGGAAAAGAGUAAAGAGAUAAGAGCACCCACAUUGUGUUCUCAAAAUAAAAAUAAAGAAAUUGAGAAAGAGAAGUAAAAAAUGUUCUUGUUUGGGAAAGUUUUAAACAUUUGUGAGAGACACAUCCCCCCACGUAUCAUUACCACCAGUGAUUUAGAUUAUAAAAUAAAUGAAAAAAUUAUAAAAUAGAGAUAUUUUCUUUUUUAUUGAGAGCUUUAAAAGAGAGGGGACGAGAGCAUAGAGA